AGUUUUUGGCCUCAGGUGGGGCUGCGACGGUUGGAAAUUGAGAGCAGCGGCAGCACCACCACCACCGUCUUCGCUUGGGUCUCAUGGAGAUGGAGGAAGAAGAAGGAGGUGCGACGGCGGAUGGUGAUAGUGAGGCUGCUGGCGACGGUUUCUUGGAGGUUCGUGAAAGAGAACAUGAUUGUGAAAUAGGUGAACUAUCAGUUCAACAUGAGGAUAAAAUGAAAGAGAUACAGACUGAAUUAAUAAAGGAGCAAAAACAAAUGGAAGCUAAACACGAAGAAAGCAUUCAACAAGCUGAGAUCCUACACGAUCUUAAAUUGGAAGCUCUAAGACUAAGCGCAAACAAUAUACACACAUCACAGUUGGAGCUGAUACAGAGUAAUCUGAGAAAAGAGAAGGAAACUGCCCUAAUGGAACUGCGUGAAAUGCUCAAGGAUAAGCAUGCUCAAGAGUUAGCGGUUCUGCAAGGUCAAUACCAUUUUGAAUUGGAGCAUAUUAACAAACAGAAUCAUAAGGAAAAAGAAGAAAUGGCUUUGAAGCAUCAAUAUGAUAUGGUGGAACAUAAAAAGAUGGCAGACGAGUACCAUCUGGCCAUGAAAAACCUGCAAACUGAACAUGAGCAAAAGGUGAAAGAGUUGACAGAGCAGAGCAAGAAACAAGAAAGAGAAUUACAACAAGAGAUACAGAAGCUAAAGGCUGAGUCAGAAGAAGAAAUUAAACAACUUUGGUCUCAGUUGGAUAGUGCACGGGCAAGUCGACAAGAAUUAAGUGAACUGAAAGAACAACUGAUUGCUCGCACAUCACAGAUGGAGGAAAUAGAAUGCCUGAAAAAGGAUUUUCAACUUAAAUGGGAUAAAAAAAGAACUGAACAUGAAAAUGAACUGGAACAAUUAAGAGUUUAUUUUGAACAGAAAUUAAAGUCUGUUGAAGAAAACUACCAAGAAGAAUUAGCAAUGCUGCAUCAGAGAAUGGAAGAAGUCAAGGAUUACUCCUUGUUAGAGAUAGAAAACAGCCAAGAACAACAUGUGGAAUAUGGUCCAUCGACCACACUUUUAGAAGAAACAACUGAAAAAGAGAGGCGAGAGCUAUUUGAUCAACUAGCUCAGCAACUGGAACACCACAAGGAAGAACUCAGCUGUUUACAGCUUCAUUUGGAUAAAAAACACAGAAAGGAAGUUGAGUUGUUAAGGUAUUCUCUCUCAUCUGAGUAUCAAGAGAAUCUGAUGAAGAUGAAGAUGGAUCUGUCAGAUAGAUACACUUCUGAAAUUGAGCAAUUGAAAAGAAAACACUGCUUAGGUCUUGAAGAACUCCGUGCCAAAAUUUCAGAGGAGCACCUCAGAGAAAUUGCUAAACUUCGUCUACAAAGUGCUCAGGAUGCUGCAUGGCAAGUUGAAGCAGAAGUAGCUGAACGCGUCUUGGGACUGGAAAAUGAAUAUAAGGCUAAACUUAAUGAUCUUCAAACAAAUAUGCUCUCCAUUUCUACUCAGGAAAUAGAAAAGCUGAGGAAAGAAAAUGCUGAAUUAAAGGAAAUAAACAUAUUGCAAGAAAUGCAUUUGAAGGAGGAAUUUGAACAGAUCAGAUUGAAACUAAUUGAAGAUCAUACAGCUGAAUUAAUAAGAAAUGAAGAAAAGAUCCAGGAACUUGAACACUUGCAUAAAACAAAAGCUGAAGAAUGGAAACUGAAGCAGGAGGACUUGAAUAUAAAAAAUGAGAAAUUGUCAUUGUUAUAUAAAGAUCUCGAAAACAAGGCAAAAUGUGAGAAGCAAGCCUUGCAAAAGCAGUUUGAACUUCAGGAAGCUGAAAUGACUUGGCUUCAAGAUCAGCAGGCUGCUAGAAUUGGAGAACUGGAGAAAUCUCUAAAGGAGCAGCAGAAUAAUGUCCAGCAGCUGGAGGAUAGUUUGGCAAAUGCACAGAAGACUUUGUCUCUAUAUGACAGUGAAUUAACAGCUUCAAAGACACUCAUGGCCGAAGAGUUAGAAAAAGCUAAACAAAUAUUACAGGAAGAAUACAGUGUUAAACUUAAAGACGCAGAGAACAGAUUUAUGGAAGAGGGUAAAGCUAUGACUAAAAAUAUCAUCGCAGAACAUGAAAUUUUCCUUCAGGAGCUGAGAGUAAAACAUAUUGCUCAACUUGAACUCCAGAAUAAAGAACUGCAGCAUAUACAGGAGGAGCAAAUUUUGUCCCUCACCUUGAAUCUACAGACAAAGCAUCAGGCUGAAAUCGAAACUCUUAAGUCUGCAUUAGAAACUAAACAACAGGCUUGGCUGGAAACGUAUGUAAAUGGUGUACAGGAAGAUCAUCAAGCACAAAUUGCAGAGCUGGAGGCUAAGCACUUAUCAGAGCUCAGUAGUCUUGAGUCUACUUAUCUGUCUGAAAUUCAGCUUCUGCAAGAUGAGCACAAGCAAGCCCUUCAAGAGUUACAAAUGGACUUAAGAAAACAGUUGAUUCAGAAGGAUAGAACAAAUCAAAUGCUUCAGGCUAAGGAAUUAGAUGGAAUGAAACGUCAACAUGCUGAAGACCUGCAGGUAUGCCAAGACAAUCUGAAAAUAGAGUUGGCUACUGUUCACAUAGAAAAACUUAAAACAAUGGCUGAAGAACUGGAAGAAGCUCAUAAAGAAGAUUUGAAAGUAGCGCUAGAAAAACAAAGAAGACUGUUGGAAGAUGAGCAUCAUAAAGCCCUGGAUGUGUUGCAUGAAGAAAUCCUCCAUAUCAAAGAGCAGCAUAGAAAUACAAUCCAGGAGCUUGACAAUCUUCAUACAUUGGAAGUUAAGACAGAAAAAGAAAAAUGGCAGCAGUUUCAGAAAGAUAUGGAACAAUUAAACACAGACAAGCAACAGCUGGAAGAAAAAAACAGGUGUUUAAACAAGGAGAUGGAAGACGCCAGUACUGAACUACAAAAUCUUCAACAGCGACAAAAUAGAGAGAACCAAGAAGGAGAGACUCUGAUAACUUUGUUGAAAUCAGAUAUUGAACGUUGCAAGAAUGAAAGGGGAAAACUGCAAGAAUCUUAUCAGCAAGCUUUGAAAUUGCUUUUGAAAAUGGUGAAAGCCACAAAAGAUGCAGAAGAUCUUAUCUGCAAGGAGAUUGAUCUUUGUCUUGAUGACAGCUUCGCAUCAGGAGAUUCAGGAGAAAGUCAGAAUAUGAGUGGAGAAACAGUACUUGCAAAAAAGAUUGCACCUAUGGAGAAAUGGAGCACAAAGAAAAAUAGUAUAGUUGGCCAAGAUGAAGUUCUUGCUCUAACUCUGCCAGAAGAUAGUUUUGAUUCGCUGGUAUCUGGUGAAAAAUCUGACCUCAGUGAGCAUCUGUGUGAAAGUAUAUUUGAAAACCCAGACCUGGUGUUUGCAAAUGAAGAAAGGAUUCAUAAAAUUUGUCAUUGUUUGCAUGUUGCUGUGAAAAAGCUUCUAGACCUAGUUGCUGAGUCAACCAAACAACUGGAAGAAAUGCAUAACAUCCACCUUCAUGUGGAAGAGGAAUUCACACGGAAGAAUUUGGAAACUUGUCAAGUCGUUAAUGAACACCAUGAGCUAGUGGGCUGUCUUAAUGAAGAGAGUCAAGUAAAAAAUCAGCUUGUGCUGGAGCUUCAUAAAACAAGAGGCCUCAUGGAAGGCUAUUUAGCAGAGAGACAUGCUUUGCAAGAAGCUCUGAAGCUGAAAGAGGAGUCUGAGUGCCGUCUUGUGCUCGAAUUGGAAAGCUUGAAAGCAGAGCUCCAUGAGUUAAACCAGAAACUUGGAAGAUCUGUGGAGGAUCAGAAUUUACUAAUGAGUCAAAACAAAAUUUUGGCUGCCAAUGUAGGGGAGCAAGAAGUUGAUUUAAUAAAGGAAAUUGAACACCUGGCAAAAGUAAAAUUAGACAUGCAGUGUCAAGCAGAAAAGGACUGUUCCACCUUGAAUGCUCAGAUGAAAAUACUGGAAAUGGAACUUGAAGAACAGCUUAAAAAAAAUCAGAACCUGACUGAGAUGUCAUUGGAGGUUACUGAUCUCAGACAACAAGUGCAGUUCCUUGAAAGACAACUUAAAAAUCAACGUGAUUUCAUGGAUAAACAAGCUAUUGAACGGGAACAUGAACGUGAUGAAUUCCAGGAAGAAAUUCAGAAACUAGAAAUGGAGUUAAAACUAACAGCAAAAUACCAGGUUUCUGGACAAACCAGUUUGGUAGAUUCCCUCUACAAUGAAAUAAAAGAGAAAACAGAAGAUUUAAAUCGGCUUUUUUUGGAGAAAGAACAUAUGCAGGAAGAUAUUGCUGUUCAAAAUGAACAAAUACAAAAGCUAGAAGCACAGACUAGGGAACUAGAGCAUAAAAAUAAGGAAGAGGCUAAUAAAGCUAACCAACUCACGCAAGAACUGCAAAAAAUGAAAAAAAUGGAAGCUGAACUGAAAGAAGAUAAAGAAGCUUUACAGCAGCAAAAUCACAAUAAUUUGAUUCAAAUUUCUGCUCUGCAUUCCAAACUGGAUGAAGCAAAACAUAAAAUGUUUAUAGAAUGGAACUCAAAUAAUGUUCUAAAUGAAGAAUUAAAAGUACAAGAAGAACUUUUAUCAAAAAAGAGAGAAAUUGAAAAUUUGUUAGAACAACUUGAACAAUAUAAAAUAAGUUUAGUGAACAAAAAUGAAGAAGUCUUACAGUUGAGUUCAAGGUUGGAAGUGGAAAGAAAUGUUAAUUACACCCAAAUAAUCCAGCUCAAAGAAGAAAAUGCACACCUAAAAGAAAAGGUUGCAAAAAUUAUCAUGCCAAGUCAAAAUUCAGAAGAUAGUGAAUUGAUUGUUCUACAAUUCUUGAAGUCUCUGCUUGAAGAAAAGAAUCAAGAAACUGAUCAUUUGAAUGAGCAGAUUCUGAGACUGCAGUGUAAAAUAGAAAACACCAAGGAAAAUGAGAUCCUGAAAAACCAAGAGCAUGAAAUUCAGGAUUUGAAGUCAAUUAUAGAACAUCUUCAUAAUGACAAAGAACAAUUGCUAAAGAAUAAAACGGAAGAAAUAGAACAGCGUCAGAAAGUAAUUGAGAAACUUCAAAAGGAGUUAGCAUGUCUUGUACCUCCAUGUCAAGAGGCUGGUAAUAGCCAAAACAAUCUCAAUAGCUUUGCUAUAGUAGAGCAAAAGGAUAUUCAAAAUAAAAUGACAGUUGGCUCACUAAGUCAUCAAUUGAACGGAGACAAGGAUGACAACUGUAUAUCACUCGGUUCUAACCAAAACAAGAUCCAGGAUCAACUAGAAAUGGUUUUAGCUGACAGAGAAGCUUUACAGAGGUUACUUGAAGAAAAGGAAUUUCAGUUUAAAGCAGAAAUUAAAAUUCUAGAACAAAAUCUUAAAAAUGUUCAAGAGUCUUCUAGACAGCAUUCCACUAAGUUAACAGCUUUACAUCUACAAUAUAAAGAAUUGGAGGAAGAGCACAAGUGCCUACAGGAGUCUUCACUGCAAAGAGACAUGGAAAGGACUAGGUUUACCAUUUGUAUUCAGGAGCUUGAAGAUAGGCUGAGAGAGAAGGAAAGAAACCUUUUACAGAGAGAACUACAGCUUCAAAGAAUGUCAGAAGAGAAAUCAGAGCAGGCAAUUGAAUUACAACAAAUAAAGGACAAAGUUGUGCAGCUUGAUAGUGAACAACAAGCCUUAACCCAAAUGCUGUAUGACAAAGAGGCAAUGUACCAGAGAGAGGUUAGUGAAUUUCAAGUUACCCUUGCAGAACUCAAGUGUGAGAUUGAAAACAAGAUGGAAGAACUUGAAGCACUGAGAUCUGAAAGAGAUCUUUUUCAAUCACAGUUGAAAUCUGAUAAGGAAAAGGAUCAAGAAAAUGAUGAGGAGGAAAUGAAUCUUAAUAAGCUGAUUCCAGACCUUGGUGAUGUUGUGUCUUACAAAGAAGUAGAAGAAGAGGGAGAACCAAGUAACAAGCUGUCAUCAUCUCCUGGAUACUUUUACAGAGACAAAUUGGACAGAGACAUUGCUGUGAGUAAUCUGAAUGCUCCCAACAAAAGUCCUAAUCAGCAAGAUAAAUACCUACGAAGCAUGCUUUGUACUCAAGAAGGCAAAAUAAUAAAUGAUAAAGAAGAGAAAGAUCUACAGCCAGCUUUUCAACAAACGUGUCAACUCAGUCAUCUUUCCCAAAGUACACAAUUCAUUCAAAAGAUACCAGAUAGCUUUCAAAGAAUGGUAAUGGAUAAAACUUCAUGGGAUUCACCUGAAAUUUUGAGAAAAGAGAAUAGCUUGGAGCUUCAGACAGGUGUUCCUUUAGCACCCUUCUCAGAUGUUGACAGUACCAUUAUAGGCUCUGAAGGCCUGAGCUCAGAGAAUUCACUCAUCCAGGGAGACACUCAUGGAUUGCUGGAAUUGCCUGUUUCCUAUUCUAAUGAUAGUAAAGAAAUUGGAACCAGUCUCUUCCUCCAGGCUAUAACAUUCCCAGGGUCUACCUUCUUAGUGACUGAAUGUGAUGAUGCUCAAGAAAAUAUUUCAGUAAGCAAUGCUGAAGGUUUCAGUCUGGUGCCACCUGACGUACAAGAUGAUCUAAGAAUUACCAUGUCCAGGCAUGAGGAUGCAAGCACUGAACAUGGCAACAAUGCUUGUUCAGAUUUAGUACUUCAGCUUAAUCAAGAAGAAAUCAAAACUACAGUCCAGCAAGAUGGCAGUGUUACAACUUACCAGCAGUGUUUUGGAGUGGUUCCAGACAUCACUGAGCCAGCAAGAAAAGAAAAAGAAAUGUUUUCCCUACAAUUGAAGAAUGUAUUGAAAAUGGUGUAUGAAGAGAGUUACAAAAUACUGGUGUUGUCAGAAAAAUCUCAAACCAGUUAUGACAAAGAACAUGUUCAAAAAGCUCCAUCACUGGAAGGAUGGCAAAGAGAGAGACUAGCCUUGCUUGAUACAGUACAGUCACUGAAGGAUUAUCUUAGCAAAGUACCUGAUAAAGAAAAUAAAGAAAAUGCAUCAUCCUUUUUUGACUGGAGGGGAGAACUACUUCAAUCAGUCCAGUGUGUUUUGGAAAAGGAGCGAAUCAUGUUCCAGAGCUACUUGCAAUCACAGUUCCACAAUCCUGGUUCUGGAGAUGAAGGCACAUUGAUAGAAAAGCUGGAACAUAUAAUGGAACAACAAGAACAGCAACAGAAAAUCGUUCUGGAGCAUCUUUUGUCUUCAGACAGGAACAGCUUGCUUACAGAAAUACAGGACCUUGAAGCUCAGUUGCGACUUAUGCAUCUUGAAAAUCAAGAGAAGCUGCAGCAACUCCAAGAAAUGCUUAUUAAUACAGAGAACCAUGGGAGUAACCAAGAACAUCAGCUUCGAAGACAAGUUGAAUUACUAGAAUAUAAACUUCAGCAGGAGAAAUCCAUUGCAAGUGACUUACAGGCUUCUUUAAAAAGUGAACAAGAGAAGGCUUCUGAGGUGCAUGAACUAUUGAAACAGGAACACACAGCAAUUUUUAACUUGAAAUCAGAUCUCUGUGAAAGCAAACAAGUAAAUGAGAGGCUACAAAAAUCCUUGCAAGAACUCCAAAAGGAAGUAGUUAAAUACAGUUCUGCUCUUGAAAGUAAGGAAAAGGCAAUUACAGCUGCAUUUCAAGACUUGCAGGAUGAAAAACUUAAAGAACAAGAACUGCAGAAUAUGCUGGAUGUACAGCAGCAGGAAAAUAAGUUAAGAGAGGAUGAGAAGUCAAAAGCAAUUGAGGAGCUGCAAGCUGCCUUAGAACUACAGUGCAUUCAAAACAACCAGUUGUCUGUGGCCUUAGAGCAUGAACAGUCAGCAAAUAGUAAUCUCCGUAAAGAACUGCAGAUUGAGCAUUCCCGCUGUGAAGCUUUAUUGUCCCAAGAUCAGAAUAAACUGUUAGAACUCCAAAAGGUUAUAGAGGUUGAGAAGAAUCGCAAUUUAGAACUUUUAAGUGCUUUGAACCAUGAACAUCUUUUGACAGAACACCUGAGCAUGAAAAUAAAUGAAAAUAAUUUCACAGCUGAGCGUGAGAAUAAAUGUGGGUCUUGUAAGCAUAAAGGUUUAUUGGAGGAACUACAAGCCCAGUUGUAUAUAGAGAGGUCCCGUGCAAGGGAACUAUUAGGAAUAAUUGAGAAAACACAACAGCAAGUACUUGACUCUAAAAAAGAAAUGGAUAAAAUGCAAAUAUACCAUGAAGAAUGUGAAAAAGAACAAGACCUCCAUAUCAGCUUACAAGUUACACAAGAGCUGCAAAAUAAAAAACAAGACAUUGUCCAUGCUUUGGAGACACAGAGGGGGAAAGAGUCUGAAAUGAAAAAGGAAUGGGAACAAUUACAAUCAGACCUCAUAUCACUGGGAAGUCAGAACAGGACAGAACAAGCAAUAAGAGAUCAACGUCAAGAGCUACAGACAGAAUAUAAAAAACUAAAAGAACUGCAGAAAGCUCAAGAAAAUCAGCAUGAGUUUGAAAUGCAGCAAUACCAGAAUGCUGGAAGAAUCAAAGAAUUGCAACAAAUGCUCAAAGACCUGAAGAAACAGGGGCAGUACUUUAAUUAUCAUAAAAAUCAACAUGAACCUCCUUCUUGUCAUUUAGACAUGAAUUAUACAGCUGAUUCCAUAAUGAUGCAUGUGGAACAACAGAAAUUAGAAAACAUCAGAGAGCAGUUGAUCUGUGCUGCUGCUUAUCUUUCUGAGUUCAUCUGUAAAACUAUAGACACAACUGUUAAUUGGCCUGCCUCAAAUGAAGAAGCGGUUGCUAUGUUGUUGCAUAUACUUGAACUUAAAGCAGAACUAUUGGCUUAUUCAAAACCUAUGAUCAUCCCUACAUGUGUUACUAACUUCAUAAAAGAAUCAGAAGAGCUACCUUGUCAGGAGGAAAAACAUGUUUUCCAGAAUUGUUAUGAAGCAAAACCUUCUAAUUUUGUGAUGGAAGCCAAGUCAACCAUGGCAUCCUCCAAUUUAAAGAUGCAGAAGUUAUAUAGGAAGUAUCUGAGAGCUGAGAGCUAUCGGAAAGCUCUGGUUUAUCAAAAAAAAUACCUUCUGCUUCUCUUGGGUGGAUUCCAAGCAUGUGAGCAAGCAACACUGUCCUUCAUAGCUCGCAUGGGCGUUUAUCCUUCCCUUCCUGAUCUAAAUCGUUCAGAAUCACGGCAUCGCUUAUUUAUCAAGUUCAGAUCUGCAGCCAGAGUGGUCAUUGCCAUAUCAAGGUUAAAGUUUUUGGUGAAAAAAUGGCAUAAAGUCAGUAGAAGAGACCAACCACCAGCAGCCAUUUCUACUAGUACUGGACACCACUCAUACCCUCGAGUGAGACCAGAGGCAUUAACACUACAACAGCCCUUCUCAGGGGCAACUCAAGAAGCCAGAUAUUGCAGCAGAAGGGACCUCAUGAGACUUACAAACUCUUCACCUAAAUCUCCACCAUUUCAGUUACAUGAAAGGUUCACUAACUCUACUUCCCAAGCUUCAUCUAAAGAUCCUGAGAAGUCAUUAACUGAAUACAUUGCUCAUCUGGAGGCCAUUCAACAGAGACUAGAAAUUCUUAUGCCAGGAUGGUCUCCACAAAAAGAAGCACUUUAGCUGGACUGAGAACACAUUCUGAAUCUGAACUGAAGAAAACUUCAAUCUCUGCUUUUUUCUCCAAUGAAUACCUUCAACAAGUCCCAUGCCUGAAUGUACAGCUGAUGUUCAGUUGAAUAAAAGAGACGGAGCACAUGA